AUGUCUGCUUCGCCAACUUCAGCCGUCCCAUCGACAAAGCGCCCACUUGAAGAUCCGUCUUCACCUUCGGGCCCUACCGAUCAGCCGGACGCGAAGCGUCAAGCCUUGGAUAAAGUAGUUAAGGGUGAAGACGAGCCAGCAAAGGGGGAUGAAGUCGAUACGAAUAACGAUAUCGUUAAAAUCGAACCUAGCACCGAGACGGAUGCCGCAGGUCAGAAUAACGUUAAGGAUGGUCAAGGUGAUUUAGUGGUCCCUGAUGCCCCCAAUAAUGAAAAAUCUUCACCUACUCCUGCAUUGGAGACUCAACCUAUUCAGUCUACAGCUUCGCACAACGAUCGUGCGACAUCCCAAGCCCCUGGUCAAUCCCAUGGGACUCAAGACGAAACUGGAUUCAUCCACAUCAGAGCGGUUAUCUCCAGUGCUGAAGCUGCUACUUGUAUCGGAAAAGGUGGAGAGAAUGUAUCUCAAAUCCGUCGUCUUUCCGGUGCCAAAUGUACUGUUAGCGACUACACUCGUGGAGCUGUUGAGAGAAUCCUAACCGUUAGCGGCCCCCAAGACGCAGUUGCAAAGGCAUUUGGAUUGAUUAUUCGCACAUUGAAUAAUGAACCUCUGGAUGCGCCAUCUACAGCUCAGUCCAAAACCUAUCCCCUUCGCUUGCUCAUUCCCCAUAUCCUCAUUGGUUCAAUAAUUGGCAAAUCUGGCGUUCGCAUCCGCGAAAUUCAGGAGCAUUCUGGCGCGCGACUCAACGCCUCAGAUUCCUGCCUCCCCCUGUCCACUGAACGAUCUCUUGUCAUCCUUGGUGUUGCUGACGCCGUGCAUAUUGCCACUUAUUACGUUGCCGCCACCCUUGUCGAGCAACUGACAGAAAGAUUUGGGGGACCGGCUGCAUCCGCGUAUGCAACCCGAAGUGGUGGUCCCGCAGGAGUCAUCCCUGGCGGCAUGCAAGUAGUUCCUUAUGUCCCUCAGCCUGCCGGCGGACAAUACGGCCACCCAGAUAGCUUUAAAAGGCACCAUCCCCAAGCCAAUCGUGCGAUGUCCACUGGGUAUGGUAUGCCAUAUAUGCAAGGGGGUCCUGGCCCCAGUCCACACGCGAUGCAGCAGCCUAUCCAUUACAAUGCGUCUCCUCGUCAGGGCUACACCGGAGCUGGUCCACACCAGCCGGCUCCCUAUGGAGCUCCUCAGCCCCCUCACUCCCACGGAACUCCUGCUCAGCCCAUGGGAGCCCCUGUUGCUGGCGGGCCCCUGACCCAACAGAUUUUCAUUCCCAAUGAUAUGGUCGGUGCCAUCAUCGGUAAAGGCGGAGCCAAGAUCAAUGAGAUCCGCCAUCUUAGUGGUAGCGUGAUCAAGAUCAACGAGCCCCAGGAUAACAGCAAUGAGCGCCUGGUGACUAUCACCGGAACUCAGGAAUGCAACCAAAUGGCACUGUACAUGUUGUACUCCAGACUUGGUGAGUCGAAACAAACCUUUGAGCAAUAA